AUGUAAACAAACACUCACUGAGCAUGCGUCACGGGAAUAAUGGAGGACUGUCUGUGGUAACCGAAAUAAUUUGAUCUGUUUGCGCUCCGUCUCUCGCGCUUUGAGGAUAAAUCUUUUUCUCUCCACCUCAGCGUGUGUAAGUACAUGUGUUACGUGAAAUGCCAAGAUGACUACGGACACUCCAGACCAAACUCCUAAUUUCAGGGUAAUGACGUUCACCCCCUCCAAAGAAGAGUUCAAGGACUUUGUUCGGUAUGUUGCCUUCAUGGAGUCACAAGGAGCUCACAGAGCUGGAAUUGCCAAAAUCAUUCCACCUAAAGGCUGGAAACCAAGAAAUACAUAUGAUGACAUCGAUGAUCUGCUGAUUCCUGCUCCAAUACAGCAGGUGGUCACUGGCCAGUCGGGAUUGUUCACGCAGUACAACAUCCAGAAGAAACCAAUGACUGUCCUUGAGUUUCAGAAAACCUCCAAUUUGGCUAAGUUUUGCAGUCCCAGAUAUGUCGAUUUUGAUGAACUGGAAAGGAAGUUUUGGAAGAACCUGACCUUUAACCCCCCACUGUAUGGAGCUGAUGUCAGUGGAACACUGUUUGAUCCAGAUGUGUCUGAAUGGAACAUGGCCCAUCUUAACACAAUCCUGGACACUGUGGAGAGUGAGAGUGCAGUGAAGAUAAAAGGAGUUACCACCCCAUGCCUUUAUUUUGGGAUGUGGAAGAGUGCCUUUCCUUGGCACACAGAGGACAUGAAUCUUUACAGCAUUUGCUACCUGCACUAUGGCGAGCCCAAGUCAUGGUAUGUUGUCCCACCAGAGCAUGGCAGAAGACUGGAGCGGCUUGCUAAAGGUUUCUUUCCUGGGAAUGCUCAGAGCUGUGAAGCCUUCUUGCGGCACAAGAUGACUUUAAUUUCACCCUCAAUCCUCAAAAAAUAUGGUAUACCAUAUGAGAAGGUCACUCAGGAAGCUGGGCAGUUCAUUGUGACUUUUCCAUUUGCUUAUCAUGCUGGUUUCAACCACGGUUUCAAUUGUGCUGAGUCCACCAACUUUGCUACACAGCGAUGGAUUGAUUAUGGAAAACAAGCUAAAUUGUGUUCUUGCCGUCAAGAUAUGGUGAAGAUAUCUAUGGAUGCAUUUGUGCACAAGUUUCAGCCUGACCGUUACAAACUGUGGAAAGCAGGGAAAGAUGACACUCCCAUUGACCACUUGAAACCAACUCCAGAGGCUGCUGAGUUUCUCAAAAAAGAAAAGACCAAUCGAUGUAAGAAGAUUUCCAGUGAAGCGUCAUCUGAGGAGCCAACGUCUCCUGCACAGGACAAAAGCUCAGAUCCUCAAAGUGGGAAAAAACAUCCUCUUGAACCUGUCCAGACCUCUGAAGAAGACAGUUGUGACGUAAGAGUCAAGGAGGCGGUAGAGCCUGAGAGACCCAAGCUAUCAAUGAAGAGUUCUCCCAACAAAGUCCCAGCUGCCUCAGCACAACCCAAGUCAGAACGUCAGUUGGAGAAACACAUAAUACCACCACCUAAAUGGAGUUUUAAAGCCAACAAGAAAACUUCAAGCAGACAAAAUUCUGCAAGAAAGGACAAGAACAGUGGACGGGCUGCAGACAUGAGUCCUCUUCUGCCAGUAGAAGGAAAUGCAGAGGCCAGUGUGGAGCCUCGGGUGGAAACCAGUAACAUCCCUGUGCACAAGCUGUUUCAGAGAACACUCAGCCCUGCUGACGUCCUGCAUGUUCAUAGCUAUGCCAAAGGAGACUAUGGAGAAGAAAUCCUGGUGCAGGAGGAAGAACAGGCUGUACGCAGUGAUAAAAAAGAAGACACCAAACAUGUGAGCAGAGAACAAGUGGCAGAAGUGUUGCCUCCUAAUGCAGAGCUGGAAAGUAAUCCAGACCAGCUGCCACGCCCCCCCCACAUUAAAGAUAACAGCAGUGAAAAAGAUGCUUUGGAGGAGCUUCCCCCAGUGGAGGCAGGUACUGUCGAAGGGGACAGCUGGGCCAAACCUCUGACCCAUUUGUGGCAGAGUAGCCCUCCUAAUCUGAAGAAAGAAAGGGAGUACAACCAACGCAUGGGCUCUAAGCCUCCAUACUGCUCCAUCUGUAUGCUCUUCCAAACAUAUCAACAGGCAGAGUGUGCCAGCUGCGUGGACAGUCAUGUCGCUGGUGCUGGUGGGAGGAUGCAGACCAAGCCUCUUAUCCCAGAAAUGUGCUUCACCAUCACCACAGAAGAAGACGCAGAAAGUGAAGAACAACCUGUUGCACAUUAUUUAGAGGAAGAUGGAACCAGCCUUCUCGUCUGCUGCUCACAGUGCAGUGUUUGGGUUCACACCAGCUGCUACGGUGUGAACCCAGCCAGUGUGAGCAGCGAGUGGAAAUGUGCACGAUGUACAGCCAAUGCUAUGAAUGAGAGUUGCUGCCUGUGUUUGCUAAGAGGUGGAGCCCUACAUAAAACCACCAAUGACAAGUGGGUACAUGUGCUGUGUGCUGUGGCAGUAAUGGAGGCGCGCUUUGUCAACAUUGCUGAAAGAAGUCCUGUGGAUCUGAGUGGAAUCCCUCUACAGAGAUUUAAACUGAAAUGUUACUACUGCAAGAAACGCGUGAAAAAGGCAUCUGGCUGCUGUGUGCAGUGCUCUCAUGGCCGCUGUCCCACUGCAUACCACCCUACCUGCGCCCAGGCUGCUGGAGUACUGAUGCAGCCAGAUGAUUGGCCCUUUGUGGUCCAUGUGACCUGCUGUCGGCACAAAGGUCCUGCUCAGAUUGAGCGCAAUAAGGCAGCAAUGCAUGAGCUUACUGUGGGUCAGAAAGUCAUCUGUAAGCACAAGAAUGGCCGUUACUAUCAGUGUGAUGUAGUUCAGCUCUCAAAAGAGACCUUUUAUGAAGUCAACUUUGAUGACGGCUCCUUCAGUGAUAACCUCUUCCCGGAGGACAUUGUGAAUCAAGACUGUGCUCAGCUUGGCCCUCCACCGCAGGGUGAAGCGGUUCAGGUGCGCUGGACAGAUGGGCUGGUCUACGGGGCCAAGUUUGUGGCAGCUCAUAUUAUUCAAAUGUACUUGGUGGAAUUUGAAGAUGGCUCACAGCUAACAGCCAAGAGAGAUGAUGUCUACACUCUGGAUGAAGAACUUCCCAAGAGAGUCAAAUCCAGACUGUCUAAGGCAUCAGAUAUGAGGUUUGAUGGAAUUUUUGAAGACAAUGAGAUCAUCCAAGAAUCUAAGAGACAAAGAGUGAUCAACUCCCGGUACAGGGGCGACUACAUUGAGCCUGUGAUUUACAGAGCCAUCAUGGAGUAGACCCUCACACCUGGUCAGCCCGUCUUACACACCAGCAGCACCGUUGGACUGAAGUACUUUAAAGCACCUUAACUUUGCAGCUAGUUUCAGGCAAUGUAGCAGCAGCUGGCUUCUUCAGGAUCUGCACGGACUGCUGCCUGUUUCCACACUGUGUUCUCUUUGCUGGACUGUGAGGUCCGAAAAUGUUUUGUUCUGAUGACAUUUUUGCAUUGCAGAGGACUUCUUACAGUAAUGUUAAUGGGCCACAGGCUCUAGCAUUACUUCAAGGAUACAUAACAAAUGGCACUGAAUAAAGUAAGAUGUUUGAAAACUGGGUUAGUGCUGGAAUGUAAAAUCAGUGGUUAUAGUCUGAAAAAAAAAAAGCUUCAUUAAACUGGCCCCAACUGAGCAUUUUCCAUCCAAGAUCAACUUGUUCCUAAUUUAUUUCAGCUUUUGCUUUUAGUGGCUAUUAAAAUGUUUCAGAGAGGGAAAUGCACACAUACCCCAAAUAUUAUUCUAAACCUGUACUUCACUUUCAGCCCUUUAGUUUUAAUUCUGUUGAAAAUGGUAGAAAACAGAGGAGAGCUGAAUUUAAAAAGUAAUUUCUGUCCAAUAACUUGUGAACAGUAUGUGUAACUGCAAAAAUUGUUAAACCUUGAAAUAAUCGGACUGAAAUCCUGUCAUUCUAAGCAAACUUUCUGUUUCCAUGUCUAGUGUGUGACAAUCAGUGAGGUUCAGACCUUUGGAGAAAUAAUUGGAUAUUUACCAGAAACUUCUGAAGCUUCUGGAGUUGCUGCUUUUCACAGAAAACAGACCAGAAUCCCACACUCUGCCACAUUAGCCACUCAAAAUGUGAACUAGAAACCUCCUCUCUAUAGAGGUGGAUUUAAAAACACAGAUCCCAAAUAUCUGGCCACUAGUUUUUUUUUCUAAACAUAAAACAAUAUAAGUUUUUUUUAUUUCAUAUAUUUUAAAAGAUUUUUAAAAGAUUUCAAAACUAAUAUGACAUUUAUCAAUUAAACGGAUGACGCUCAUUCUCUGUUUACUAGCCUCUGCUUGAUGGGCAGAGCUUAGUGGACUUGUCUGUCUCUGCCUCCAGAGGAGGAGCCGUUACCCAUUAAUGACUUGGCCUUCAUUACACCAGACUGCCUGUCUAUUGAAAGUUCUACAGGAUUGUGAAAAUCUUUAUUGUAAAAAAAAAAAAAAAAAAAAACUAAAAACUUCCUUUCAAAGAUUUUCUUCCAGUUCUUUGAUUUUCAGUCCUGGUCCUCAUGACCCACUGUCCUCCAUAUUUUACAUGAGUAUUUACUCCAACACACAUGGUUGCAUUUCCCUUUCAGCUUCUGUCCAGUUUGUUAAUCAGGCAUUUAUUCAUGUACGCAGGGAAGCACCAUGCAGGAGGAGGAUUGAAAACCUCUGAUCUAUUGCAUAUUAUCCUUUGAAAACAGAACAAAGACAGCUGCUUUAAAACAGUUAUGGAGAAGACUGGCUUUACACUGACUGCAGACCAGGAGCUUAAAACAUUUUUUAUUUGUUCCAAAUGGUUUGGAAACUUCCAUUUGUAAUAUUUGUUGUCUUAAUCUUAAUCUUAACACUCUCACAUCUUCAGUUUUGUGAUAGAAAUAUUUUCAUGGCAUAUAUUGCAUUUUAAAGUGUAUCAACAUAUUUCAGAAUUAAGAAACAUAUAGAGACUCUUCUGGAUAAAUGAAGUAAGACUUUAUUAAAAUAAUAAUGAUAAAAAAUAUAACCAGCAAUGAAAAAAGAUAUUUUAAAAUCUCUGGGAUAUUUUUCUUGGAUUUUGAUUCAAGUUUUUAGGUUUCAUGUAAGAAUUGCAACAAUCAUUUUUUUAGGCAUGUACAAUGCAGAAAAACUGUUCAGUUGGAUGCUGUGGAGUAACAGGUUAAACUCUUUAAAGGUAGCACAGCCAUUUGAUCCCUAAUAUCCUGUUUUAUUAACUACAUUCCCUCCUUGGGUGAACUGUAUCACUCUUUAUUGCUCAUUAUGGUGUGCUGAGAAACUAGCAUCUGCUUCAUAAACAGUAAUUCUGUUGAGUUUGUUCAAUUAUUUGACUUCUGCAGUAUAAAGCUGCAUUUAAAUAAGUCUCUGCUGAUUUUCAUGUGUUUUUAUUGCCUGCCUGUCCUACUCUCUUACUCUGUGCAUUGGACUGCUGAGUCCAGUUUGUGGGGCAUUUGAACAUCAAGGUGCUACUGUUAGUUUAUACAGAAAAAGAUGGUGUUUGUUGUACAUUUCUAAAAGUUUUGCUGGCUUGUUCGUGUCUGGCUCCACCUAACUCUUUGAUCCCAUUGCAAUGGGGAACAAGAUGGCCGUCAGAUUAUCACGCAGGUUUUCUAGCUGGUCAUUGGCCAUGUAGGGGUCAUUUCAUUUUCUCUUUAGACUAAGUUGUACACUGAUCUUGUAUUAUAUUUUACUGUCCUGUUUGUAAAACAUUCACUGUAUUUUUUCACAGAAGCCUGUGUAAUGUAAUGUCAUGUCAAGUAGUCUAUUGUAAAAUCUUAUUGAGCCAGCAGGGAGAGCAGUUACUUUUCAUAUUGUUAUGAAGACAUUUUGUAACAUUUGUUUAAUUAAAGAAAUGUACUCUCAGUUCA